UGUAUCGCAGCACUAUCGCAAGUCGGAAUCCCUGUCCAUUAUUUCAAAUCAAUGGCUAUGUCAACUUUAUUGCAGUCCAAAAUUUCAAAUCUGCUUUUGUCUAGAUAUUAAAAACCCAGUGUAACAGUAAUUUAUAUUAAUACAAACACUCAUCAGUGGAAGGCAUUUGGCUUCUGGCCUUCAAAUUUUGAUGGAUCCUUGGGGUUGUGAAGUGCAUCAAACUGAAGUUCCAUCGGAAUUUGAGGAUAAUUUUAAACCUGUGCAUGAAUUUGAAAAACUGACGGAUUCCGCAGAGUACCUAGCUAUCCUUGAGAAGAAACUUCAAGCGUUGAGAAAGAAGAAUAAGGUUGUCGAAAAUUUAUCUGCAUAUCGGGCCGACUGCAUCGAUCGUUUGUUACGAGAAGGGUGUGAUCUCGACCCCGUGAUUGGAGAUACCGAUUCGGAAAAGCUACUUCAGGACUAAAGUGACACAUUGUAAGUAAUCAUGGCAUCUUCAUCAUCUACCAUAGAUUUGUCCGGGCCCACAUUCUGUGUUGUCUCUGGCGCCUCCCAGGGCAUCGGCCGGGCCAUAGCUGUCGAAGUAUCAAAACACUUGGGUCCCAACUCGCUCAUGUUGCUUUUGGCCCGUAAGAAAACUGAUCUUGCACAAUCAGCGAGCCUAUGUGAAUCGGAUAAUGUUAAGGUUGUGUAUACCUCGAUUGACUUAUGUUCAGCAUCUGAGGAGGAGAUGUACAAUGUCAUUACUGAGGGCCUAAGUGGAAGAAAGGUGACCGAUUUCACAACCAGCCUGAUCUUCCACAAUGUUGGCUCAAUUGGUAACUUAAGUGUAGAAACGGGUCGCAUGGAGGAUAUUGAAGAAAUGCAGGCAUAUUUCAAAUUGAAUGUGUUUAAAGUUAUUUCGUUGAAUACUCAGUUCCUCAAAAUAUUUAAGGAUGUAGAGGACAGGCUGAUUAUUGUGAACACAACAUCACUCUGUGCAAUUAAGCCCAUGGGUGGUAUGGCUUAUUACUGUAGUGGGAAAGCUGCUCGUGCUAUGUACUUUAGGGUUUUGGCCGAGGAGAAAAAACAUGUGACGGUGCUGAAUUACUCUCCCGGCCCUGUUGAGACAUCUAUGAUUGACCAGGUCAUAGAGGAAGCGGUGAAUUUGAAUCUCAAAGAGGUGUUUACUACAUUCAGAGACCAGGCAUCUCUGUUAAAGCCCGAGGUGACAGCUAAAAAAUGUCUUAAAGUCCUACUUUCCGGAAAGUUUAAAUCGGGUGAUCAUGUUGAUUAUUUUGAUGAUGAAUGAGCUAAUUUAUGUGGCAGUUAAACCGGGUUUAAAUGCAAUUAAUAUUGUUACUAUUUAUUGUUGGAAAUCUUCUGAAGCUAUGCCUAAAAUAUAUCUAUGUUGCCUAAUAUAUGUAUAAUAUUAUAAAUCAUUUGAUAUAUCUUUGGUCAUAAAUAAAAAUCCAUUUUAAAUUUAUGCCAUAUAAUAAUUGCAUUUAUACCUCAUCAUACUUCAUUACAUUCCUAUAUAUUUAUGUAUGAAUGCAAGUCAUAUUAAUAAAAAUGCUUGAAUG